GGGAGAGACAACUUGAGGACUGAGGAGAGAGGAGGCCCAAGACAGAACCCCAGGAGCACCGCCACUCAAGGUGGCAGCUCAGCUUCCUGGCAGGCACCACUACCCCGGGCUCUGGAGUCAGGCAAAGCCGGUAUUGAAAGUGAGCUGUGGAGUUCUCGGGCUGAGCGCUCUUGGCAAAGUCGAGUACCCUCUCUGAUCAGCUGACACACCUGGCGAUAAUGGGCAUCAGAGAGAGAUGCCCUGUGAGGAUGCUGUGAGCUGCGUCAGGUCUGCGCGUCUGUUGUUCCCAGCGCUCUGAGAGGCCUGAAAAGGAGGAGCAACCUGUCCAGAAUCCCCGCAGGAAAAAGAGAAAUCUCGACAUGGAAAAACCCUACAAUAAAAAUGAAGGAAACCUGGAAAACGAGGGAAAGCCAGAAGAUGAAGUAGAGCCUGAUGAUGAAGGAAAGUCAGACGAGGAAGAAAAGCCGGACAUGGAGGGGAAGACAGAAUGCGAGGGAAAGAGAGAGGAUGAGGGAGAGCCAGGUGAUGAGGGACAAGCGGAAGAUGAGGGAAGCCAGGAAAAGCAGGGCAAGUCCGAAGGUGAGGGCAAGCCACAAGGCGAGGACAAGCCAGCCUCCCAGGCAAAGACAGAGAGCCAGCCACGGGCCGCCGAAAAGCGCCCGGCUGGAGAUUAUGUGCCCCGGAAAGCAAAAAGAAAAACGGACAGGGGGACAGACGAUUCCCCCAAGGACUUUCAGGAGGACUUACAGGAAAGGCAUCUGAGCAGUGAGGAGAUGAUGAGAGAAAGUGGAGAUGUGUCAAGGGCUCAGGAGGAGCUAAGGAAAAAACAGAAAAUGGGUGGUUUUCAUUGGAUGCAAAGAGAUGUGCAGGAUCCAUUCUCCCCAAGGGGACAACGGGGUGUCAGGGGAGUGAGGGGUGGAGGUAGGGGCCAAAGAGGCUUACACGAUAUUCCAUACCUUUAAUGCCUUUGGCCUUCCACUCUGACUUCUCUGAUGAGAUUAUUGCCAAUCCUGCUUUCCCUGGUAGAUAUUUGCCAGGCCCAAUGCUUUAACCUUAAGCUGAUAUUUUUGCUUUAGAUGUCAAUCUCGUUACCAGCAGCCUUUUGACCCAACUACAGCGCUCUAUAUUUUAGUAGAGGAUUUUCACCCAUGUGCAUGGAAAAGAUGUUCAUGACACAUUGUAAAAAAUAAAUAAAUAAAGAACAGUUUGCAGAACC